GUCUUUCCCAUCCACGCAGGGGGACAGAGGGCCUCCCUGGGCAAGUCGGGAUGCCAGGUCUUCCUGGCAAGAAGGGUGAAUCGGGACCCCCUGGGGAGCUGGGACCAGUGGGACUGCGUGGACCGGAGGGAGAUGCUGGCGAACAAGGCCCUUCGGGACCCUUAGGUCUCCCCGGCCCGGCUGGCCCCAAAGGUGAUUCUGGCCUGCAAGGGCUCCCGGGCCCCCCUGGCCUUCCUGGGGCCAAAGGAGAGAAGGGAUCUACCGGUGAGGCUGGAGCCAAAGGAGUCCAGGGCAACCCAGGAUUGGAGGGCAUUCAGGGAGAGAAAGGAGGACAGGGAGGUCCUGGUGACGUUGGGCCCAAGGGUGAUAUUGGAAUCCCCGGGGAGCAAGGCCCACGCGGACCCAAUGGCCUUCGGGGUGUCCCAGGCCUGGACGGGCCGCCGGGCCCUCCCGGCCCCCGUGGCCUGCAGGGAGACCGCGGAGUGACGGGACUGCCGGGACGGCAAGGAGAUGCUGGUAAAGAACCAGGAGACCAGCACAUCAGGGACGUCUGCAUGAGGAUACUCCAGGAGCAACUGGCACAGCUGGCCGCCAGCAUCCGGAGACCGGAGGCAGGCGGCAUGGGCCCUCCUGGCCGCCCGGGGCCCCCCGGUCCUUCCGGCUCUCCGGGCUCAAGCGGCCUUCCUGGGCAGCCUGGCACGCGUGGCCUUCCUGGUCUGAAGGGCCCCCCCGGCGUCAUCGGCAACACUGGGCCCAAGGGCGACCAAGGAGACAAAGGAGACAAGGGGGAGACAGGACGUGGACCUCGAGGAAUGCAGGGACCACCAGGGCCUCAAGGGGAGCCGGGACGGCCUGGAUACGGCAAGGACGGGCGCGACGGCGAGCGAGGCCCUCCAGGACAGCCGGGAGAGGUUGGGCGGCCAGGGUCCCCCGGCCCAUUCGGGCCACCCGGAUUCUGCGAUCCAGUUUCCUGCAUCGGGCCGGCCGCCUACCAGGGCGUCGCGUCGGACACGAAAGGACCGUGAAGACGGCAAGCGGCGUAACCACCAUCAUCAACGCAACAACCGCCGCCGCCGCCGCCACCAUCAUCAUCUUCUCUCCUUUCCGAAAAAGGGCCACUCGGCCGACAUCAGUGGUGGCCCCGUUACCGAUGGAUGUGUGCGUCGUUGUCCUCGUCGCCAUCGUCGUUGACAAAAAAAAAUUACGUGCAAAUAAAAUGAAGGAUGAGACCCUUGGUUGUUGUUAAAGCAAAAACAACGUUGGUAUUGCUGUUUCAAUACCGUCGGCAGAUUGUGUUAGUUGUUGAAUAAUGUGCACAUUUGUAAUGUGACAAUUUGGAUUUUUUUUUCUCCUUCUGUUCGGCAAUGCUUUAUCAGCCUGUGUGAUGUCUGUCAACUUUGACGUGCAUUUUUUGUUAUGGUAUUAUGAUCCCAUUUAAAUGAUUUUAUUUGGGUUCGCACACUAUCCCAUUCUUGUUUCAUACUUCAUUGCCUCGUAUGCACAUAUGUACACCUUGACAACUAACGCUGUCUCCUUGACAAUUAUUUUUUAAAGUAUUUUUUUGUAAUUGAUUAAAGUGUACCAGUCUUCUGAUUAUGACCUGAGAGGUGAAAUCGUAAUUAUGCAUUAUCUACUAUACUUGAUAACGGUUUUUUUCCCCAAAAAAGUUGAGGUGCUAGAUUUUACGGUGCGGCUAAAGUAAGUGAACACUUAAGCAGAAUUUUUUUUUGUUCUCCGAGAACUGUCCUCGAAACUUGCAUCCUUAACCCCUUCAGUCGUUGAGAAAGUACUAUCAGGAGUGCUGCAUGGUCUGUUAUUUAGCUGCGUGGACAUUUUUGGAAGUUGUACCACACAAGUCCUGAAUUUGCCACUGCACCCCCCCCCCCCCCACUUCUCUCUUCCUGCAACCAAACCUAAAAUCUCCCCAGCGAAACCACAACACCACACUCAUGGCCAAGCCAAGCUACUGUGUGGGCAUUAAGCCCGCGUGUCCACACUCUGGAGAGCUGAAUUGUAUACACGAGCCAAAAACAAUAUAUACUCGUCAUGGCCCACCCACACUUUAAAAACGUGCACACGCAUCGCAAACGCACGCGCGCACACAAGCAUUCCUUUUGAACUUGGUGCUUUAAAACAAAAAUAAUCACAGCAAGUGUAUUUCGGUAACUGAAGAUGUAAAUUAAGAAAAAAAUAAAAACUACAUUUUUCCAUU